UGCUGCUCGGCACAUUUUAUAUGAGCGCUUGUCAAAAUACGAGAAAUUUAAAUUGACUUCCUUUUUACUCAGCUUUCGAAAUCGCAAAUCAGUGGAAUAUUCGAUUAGGCGUGUGUGUGCUGCAGUAAAAGCAUCAAAUCACUUACAACACGCGCAACGUUGAAAGAUCGUGGCGGUGAAAAAGCAACAAGAAGCCACCGCGAGACGAGCAUAAUUCCAAGAAAGAAGCAAACGAAAACGAAAAAAAAACUCGUGGACAAAAUUCACUUCGUUUACUUUCGUUAAGUUACGUUGUUUUUUUUGACGUGCAACCGCGUACCGUACCAUAACGUAUCGUCACGUUCCGGCGGCCGACCCCUCACACAUCACACCGCACCGCUCCACACCUUUCCUCUUCAUCGGACCGUCCCCGCCCUAGCUCCCGCUGUCGCGCCGCAUUGCUCCGCUCCGCCCGCCAACCGCUCGGCCCCCUCCGGCUUUCACGUUCUAUGGUAUUUCAACAAUAAAUUCGUUUGCCAGGCAAAUUACGCAAAAUAAUCCCCAUAAUCAAAAUGAGCAGCUCCGAGGAAGUCUCUUGGGUCACCUGGUUCUGUGGGCUUCGUGGCAACGAGUUCUUCUGUGAGGUUGAUGAGGACUACAUACAGGAUAAAUUUAAUUUAACUGGAUUAAAUGAGCAGGUGCCCAAUUAUCGGCAAGCCUUGGACAUGAUACUAGAUCUAGAACCGGAGGACGAACUGGAGGACAAUCCCUUGCAGUCGGACAUGACCGAACAGGCCGCUGAGAUGCUCUAUGGCCUCAUACACGCUAGAUAUAUAUUAACAAAUCGCGGCAUCGCUCAAAUGAUUGAGAAAUAUCAAACUGGCGAUUUCGGACACUGCCCACGUGUCUACUGUGAAAGCCAGCCAAUGUUGCCUUUGGGCCUUUCGGACAUACCCGGUGAGGCAAUGGUGAAGACCUAUUGCCCAAAGUGCAUUGAUGUCUAUACACCAAAAUCGUCACGUCAUCAUCACACUGACGGCGCCUACUUUGGUACUGGAUUUCCACACAUGCUCUUCAUGGUGCAUCCCGAGUAUCGGCCCAAGCGUCCUACUAACCAAUUUGUUCCACGGCUGUAUGGCUUUAAAAUUCACAGCUUAGCUUAUCAAAUUCAGCUGCAGGCAGCAGCCAAUUUCAAAAUGCCACUACGAGCGCACAUAGAACUCAAGAAUUCCCAAGAAUCGACCAAAAACAACAAUCAAGACGGGACACGCCCAGACACACCGCACACCAUGUGUUCCGCAUGCUAUUAUGCCCAAAAUUAUGUUGACGAAUCCGAUACAUGGUCAUCCCUCUCGUCACACAUUUCAAUGGCGGAAAAGAGCUCAGUGGCUCCGGCUCCGGCUCCAACAGAAGCAGCAGCAGAAGCAGCAGCAUGUGUAGGUCCAAUGUAAUCUCCAACGGAUUGUUUUUCUCUUUCAUCGUUAUCGUUUUUAGAGUAAAACGGGCCAUCUCAAUAGCCCUGUUGAGUGUGCUCUUUGCUGAAUAAGAUUGAUCAGAACAGGAAAAAUUAAGUAAUCGAAUUCGAUACGUACACACCCUUCAUGUCAAAUUUCACAGUGUCGGAAUUCAGCACAGGGGGUCCCCAAGAAAAAUAUUUCCAAGAUGAAGAUUUACUAGAUGAAGAUACCCCAAGAGUAAAUAGAGAGUCAGCAGGUAACAGCGAGAGACAGAGAGAAAUAAAGUGAGAGAGGGAGAUCCAACUGGUAGUAGUAGCGGAAACAAAGAGCAGAGAGCAGCCACUGCACAGAUCCUUAACACACAUAAAACAUAAACAUAACCCACACAUAAAUACACAACACACACAUAGCAAAGCACAAAAGCAAAUCCGCAACAUUCUCAAACAAACAAGAAAAGGAGACAAACUUCCAUGCGGAAACACUGUGGGCUGCGGCAAGUGUUGCCUUAUUCAUCGCAAAAGCAAUAAUAAUAAUACCUUUAUAACAAUUAUAAUCGCAAACAAUUGAAAACCAAACAAUCAAUCAAAACUGAAAGAGUAAGAGAAAGAGAGAAUGAAGCGCUUAACAAUAUACCGAAAUAAAGGCACCCGCUUGUGCGGAGUGUGUACUGCGAUCAGUAGUGUAAUGUGUACUCGUAGAGUUUUUCCCCCAGUAAAUGGUUGUUUGACCUUGUUCUAGUUAUUGUACAAGUAGAGGAAAGUGUUGUGUUGCCACCGCCACAUCAACCACCACCAGUUUAGUUUUAGUUCUGUAAGAGGGUCCAAAAUUUUCAGAAUAGUUGCAAAAUCCAAACACCCAAACGCCCGCGCCAUCGUGUUUCUUCUGUUUUUAUACAUUCUAAACGCAUUUCCUGUACUCGCAGAGAACUUCAGAAUUGUACUAUUGUUGAAAAGAAUUUGAAUUGGAAUUUGAAUUUGAAUAUUGCAUUGCAUUUUGUAAUCUGCCAAAACGUAAUAAUACCUACAAAUAUAUAAUUGUAUAAUUUUUUUUUAUUUUUUUUUCUGUUAAGACAUGAAAUAUUAAUAUUUGCGUAACGAUUAAUUAUUAUAAAAAAGAAGAA